UCUCUGAUGUUCCAGGUGCUUAUCAAAGAUUAGCUCAUUUUAUGCUCACAGCAGUACUACUUGAUGAGUCUGGUAUUGCCCUUAUUUUAUGGGUAACGGAACUGAAGAACAGAGAGGGUGAAUAACUAGCCCAAGGUCACACAGCACAGGCAGCCUGCUUCUGCUGAUGGUGCUGGUAACUACUGCCAUUCACCUUCUGCACCAUGUUGAAGAUAGUAAAUUCGAAUUUAUUAUGGUUUUCUUGUGUAAGUCAAAUUGGUGGUUUUGCAGCAAAUUAGAAUCUUGUCGACAUUAAAUAUGCAAGUGAAAAGAGUGGUACUGAACACAUAAGGACUGCCUAACAGCUUCAUCUAUUCAGAAGCUGGGACAGUAAUGUCAUAUUUAAACCUGGCUGACAUUAUUGUAAGUAGUUUUUUGGGAGUCUUUAUUUCAUUUGGUUUAGUUACUUAUGGUUUUAAAUUUCUCCUAGGCAUAUCACACCUGAAAAAUUUUACGUGGAAGCCUGUGACGAUGGAGCGGAUGACGUGCUUAUCAUUGACCGGGUGUCCACAGAGGUUACCCUCUCAGUCAAGAAAGAUAUUCCUCCUUCAGCUGUCACAAGACCAAUAUUUGGUAUACUGGGCACAAUCCAUCUGGUGGCAGUUACAAGAUAAUAAAACCUUCCUAGCAAUGAUAAACCAUGUCUUGAGUGUGGAUGGGUUUUACUUUUCAGCCACAUACGAUUUGACCCAUACUUUGCAGCGGCUGUCCAACACUAGUCCAGAAUUUCAAGAAAUGAGUCUCUUGGAAAGGGCAGAUCAGCGGUUUGUAUGGAAUGGUCAUCUUCUGAGAGAACUUUCUGCUCAACCGGAGGUCCAUCGGUUUGCUCUUCCAGUAAUUCAUGGCUUUAUUACUAUGCACUCGUGUUCUAUUAAUGGGAAGUACUUUGACUGGAUUCUCAUCUCCAGGAGGAGCUGUUUCAGAGCCGGCGUGCGCUAUUAUGUGAGAGGCAUCGAUUCUGAAGGCCACGCAGCUAACUUUGUAGAAACAGAACAGAUUGUGCACUACAACGGCAGCAAGGCUUCAUUUGUCCAGACUCGAGGAUCAAUACCAGUUUUCUGGUCUCAGAGACCAAACCUCAAGUACAAACCACGGCCACAGAUCAACAAAGUAGCAAAUCAUAUGGAUGGCUUCCAAAGGCAUUUUGAUUCACAAUUAAUUAUUUAUGGAAAACAAGUCAUAAUUAAUCUGGUUAACCAGAAGGGCUCAGAGAAGCCACUUGAACAGGCAUUUGCAACAAUGGUGUCUUCCUUGGGAAAUGGAAUGAUCAGAUAUAUUGCCUUUGACUUCCAUAAGGAAUGUAAAAAUAUGAGAUGGGAUCGGCUGAGUAUUUUAUUGGACCGGGUAGCAGAUAUGCAAGAUGAAUUGAGUUAUUUUCUAGUGGACUCUACCGGCAAGGUGGUGACGAACCAGGAGGGUGUGUUCCGCAGCAACUGUAUGGACUGUCUGGAUAGAACCAACGUGAUCCAGAGCCUGUUAGCUAGGCGCUCGCUCCAGGCCCAGCUGCAGAGACUAGGUGUGUUGCAUGUGGGACAAAAGCUUGAAGAACAAGAUGAGUUUGAGAAGAUUUACAAAAAUUCCUGGGCUGACAACGCAAAUGCUUGUGCCAAACAGUAUGCGGGAACCGGUGCCUUGAAGACGGACUUUACCAGAACGGGGAAGAGAACGCAGCUGGGGCUCCUGAAGGACGGCUGGAACUCGCUGGUGCGGUAUUACAAGAACAACUUCUCGGACGGCUUCCGGCAGGACUCCAUAGACUUGUUUCUGGGGAACUACUCAGUGGACGAAUUAGACGCUCAUAGUCCUUUAAGCGUCCCGCGGGAUUUGAAAUUCCUCGCUCUGCCCAUCAUCAUGGUCGUGGCCUUUUCAAUGUGCAUUAUCUGCUUGCUCAUGGCCGGUGACACUUGGACAGAAACACUGGCCUAUGUGCUCUUCUGGGGAGUCGCGAGCGUCGGGACAUUUUUUAUUAUUCUUUACAACGGCAAAGAUUUUGUUGAUGCUCCCAGACUAGUCCAGAAAGAAAAGAUAGACUGAGUUUGUGUCUGUGGAAAGCGGCUUGGCCCUGAAGACUCCAUCAUGCAGAACUGGAGUCUUUACUGACCCGCUUUCCACAUGAGCCUUUACCCGAAGCACACCUGUGCUCUGUGGGCGAUGACUUCAACUGAUGAUCUGCCUGGUGAUCUUUACUGUUGGACGGCUGUGUUUAUAAUUCGAAGCUGUUCUCUCAUUCAAACAUAACCUGAACUCAGCUCACAGAAUGGAAGGAAUCUUUUCAUUGUCAGCUAAUCAACUGUUGCAGAAUAAGUGAUAUAUGUAUAUAAAAAAAUCUAGCUGCUUUCAUUAUUUAACAGAUGAUUUCUGAGCUCAGUUUCCAUACUGUCUUGGAGCUGCCAGUUAGCAGGCCACCUUCCCACAUGUCGCGUACUCUAACUGCUGGGUUUGUAAAGCGUAAGGCCUCCGGUUCACCAAGGAGGCAGCCCGCGGCUCUGCGGGGGAGGAGGAAUGGCCGUGUCUCUGGGAGUCUCAGUGGGGCUGCCUUAGAAGUUCAGCCUUUUAAGUGAUGGAAAGUUCAGGUACACUUUACCUUUUUUAAAAGGUGUAAAUGAAAUCAAAGAAUGUAAAGUCUCUCUUACGCUAAUGGUCCAAAGCCGCGUGUUUUCAGGACUUCCCUUGUUGCUCAGCCCCCUCCCGGACAUUUCUUUUCUACAGACCUCCAUGGAGACGGGCCUCUGAGGGGCUCUUGUGCGGGGUCGUGGUGGGCUCCGGGCUGCGGCCGCUUCCGCACACGGUACUGCGGAGACGCUUUCCCACUCACUGUAAAGCCCGUUAGCCUGUGUGAGGUGUGCUUCCAGGGAGCUCCAGUUCUCCAAAUCAAGGACCAACUUCAACUCUAAUUUAUGUGUAAAACAACCUGAAAAACAUGCUUUAGGGGCUGUGCAUAGGUCUAAGUUGAACUGUAAAUUCAAAUUGUAAUUAUGAGGUUUAAAUAGUAGAAAAGUAUAUAAGGUAGUGUAAUCGCCACUGUCCUGAAACAACCAGUUAAAUACGCUACAGUGUGUGUUGUGCUUGGAAACAUGUCCAGUUCUUUCCGUAGGAAUCUUGCUUUCCUUCAAUAUCUAUAAAAGCGCCUUUUCAACAUUACCUUUUUUUCAACAUUAUCUUUUAUAAACAUUCAAAGAGUUGUUGCUUUUAGAAACUCUAAAGGAAAUAACAGCUGGAAGAUCUUCUGUAGCUUAAAAUCAGUCAUUAAAACACAGUAGGGUAAGUAAUUAGAACUACCUAUUCUUUAGAUGUAAAUAAGCAGAAUUUGUUCCAAAGAUUUGUAUCUACUGUCACCUGUUACUCAAAUGCUCCUGGGCACUUCCCGGGGAGAGCCGGCGUCAGCAACUACAGCACGGACCGGACCGACUGCCGCCGAGGCUGCUCUGCCGAGCGGACUAACGCGCGGUCGGCCCGGAGGUGUCGCUCCUUCAGAGCCCUGCAGUGAUUCGAUUUCUAAAUUCAUGUACUGUACCCAUAAGUGAAAAUAAAAUGUCAUAUUUUCUAACUA